UUGAUCAGUGGCUAGCCGAUGAGAACAAAUUGAUGAAUUCAAGUCAACUAAUAGAUAUCGAAAUCACUUUAGAGAAUAUUGACCAAAUUUAUCAAUUAAUCUUGAAAGAUUAUCCUUCUUACUAUUAUUGGAAACUUUACUUGGAUCAUGUUUUAGACCUUUAUUAUAAUAAAGAAGAUAAGUUUCAAAACUAUUAUACCAACGAAGUCAUUGAAAAACUUUUUCAUUCUGUCUUUGAUGAUAUUUCCUAUGAUAUUAAGAAUAGCCAUAAUAUUUGGGAUUUGUAUUAUAAAUUUAAAUUUGAUGAUUUAGAAAAUGGAAAUAAAGCUUAUAAUGACAUUGAUAAUUUUCAAAAGAUACAAAAGGAUUACUAUUUAAAAAGACUAUCAUUGCCAAAUCUUACUAAUGAAGAAUUUUUUUCUAAUUAUUCUUCUUUUAUUUCCAAAUUCAAUUCAUCUAAUUUGAAUAUUAAUUAUGAACGCGAAAUGAUUAAUGCCAACAAAAUAUUUAAAAACUCAAAUUUUUAUUUGAAGAAUUAUGAAAAUUUUGAAUUUCAAUUGUCUCUGAAUUUGGAUUCAAUCAAUAAUCCUGGAUUUUGGCUGAGAUAUUUACGGUUUCAAUUCAAAAAGUCAACAAAGAAUAUACAUUUAAAAAUUGUUGGCUCACUCUUUGAGAGAGCUAUAUUAAACUUAUCGGAUCUCAGUUUAGAUUUAACAGCUGGAAAUGAUCUUAUUCAGAUAUGGGCAUCUUAUCUAUUUUAUCUAUAUAAUUAUGAUGCUGAUAAUAGCGAUUUUAUCAGGAAAAUAUUAAAAAGAUUCGUAAGAACUUUCCCCCGAAACACUGGUGCUUGGUCUGAAUUUUUUAUAAAUUUAUCUACAAUUCAAAAUUCAAACUUAUUAUUAGAAACAUACAAAGAAUCUAUAAAAACAAUAUUGUUGUUAAAUAUCCAACAUUCCCAACCCUAUCAGGAUUGGAAAAAGUUGGCAAUGUCUAUUUUAUCAUUUCAAUUAUCUAUUGUAACAUCUGAUCAUAAUAACCAAUUGAAAGAUUACACUCUUGAAGAGAGCUUAAAGGAUAUUGAAAAUUUCUUUGAGUUUGCAAUUCAAAACUCAGACAUUUAUCAUUCGCUUGAAAAAUUCAUUAUAUCUAUGGUAUCAAUUUACAAUGGACCUGAAAAAGCGUUAGAUUAUUUGAAUGAUUUAAUCAAAGAGUUUCCAAAUGAAUGUGAGUUAUGGUUAUAUUACAUUGAACAAAAUUCCAAAUUUAACAAUGAAUAUAAGAGUAUUUCAAAACUAUUUACCAAAGGAAUGAAUCACAUUAAAAAUAUGGACUGGCCAGAAAGAUUUAUCGAUGAAUGGCUAAGAUUCGAAAUGUUAAGUGGUAAUAUGAAUGGUUAUAAGGUUGCAAUAAGUAAAUCUCAGAAAGAGUUGGACAUAAUCAAUAUAAGAAGAUUGCAAAAAUCUUCACAAGAUAACGUGUCUUUAAUGGAAAUUGACGAUGAAAACAAAACUUCUAAAAGAAAAAUAGAGAGUGUUGAAGAUAAGAAGGAUAAUGACAUAAUAGAUGAUGAGAAACUUGUUAACAAAAAAUUGAAAACAGAAAAAGUCGAUAAAAAUCAGAAAAAUAAAGACAAUUCUAAUUCUAAUUCUAAUUCUAAUUCUAAUUCUAAUACUGAUACCUCAUUUACUAGAAAUCGGGAAAAUUAUACUGUCAAAGUCUCUAAUUUACCACAUAAUGUAUCCAAGGUUGAAUUUCUUAAUUUUUUCAAUGAUUGUGGACAAAUAUUGGAUUCUCGUAUUGUCCAGUUUAGUAAGAGUUCACAAGCGACUAUUGAGUUUGCUUUAAAAGAAUCUGUAUUAUCAGCACUUACAAAGACUUUUAAAAAAUUUGGUGAUAGAGAAAUAACAGUGAGCCAAUCAUUUGAUACGACAGUUUGGGUAACGAAUUUUAAUCCUAUUGAGACUGCUGAGUCUCUUACUAAAUUAUUUAAUGAAGCAGGAAAAGUUGUGGAUAUUCGAUUUCCUUCUUUAAGAAGUAAUGUAAAUAAGAGAUUUUGUUAUAUUGAAUAUCUUGAUUCUAAAGAUGCUCAAAAAGCAGUUGAUAAAUUUGAUGGAAUGAUGAUUGAUGGGAAGUCUGAUCAAGCUCAUAAAUUGGUUGUGAAGAUUUCGAAACCCGAAGAGAAACAAAAUAGAUCUGGCGCUACAGAAGAAGGAAGAGAAGUUUAUGUAAAUAACAUUGAUUUUUUUAGAGUUGAUAAAGAUAAAGUUGAGAAAAUUUUUGAAAAAUAUGGAAGAAUUGAAAGAGUUCGUUUACCUUUAUCUGGUCGAAAUAAAUUACAGGGAAAACAGCAUGAUGGGUAUGGGUUUGUUGUCUUUUUUGAAAAGAAAAAUGCAGAUAAAUCACUUGAAUUGAAUUUAAGUAAAUUAGAAGGAAGGAUAAUUGAUGUUUCAAUUGCAUCGAAACAAAAAAGUAGACAAAACAAAUCAAUAAUCGAGGAUUCUGAAAAAAGAAGUGAGAGGAAAAUAAGUUCUGAAACUAUUGAAGCUAAAACUAUAUCAAUACUCAAUAUACCAGAUUCGGUCAAUUCGUCACAGAUUUAUAAGAUAUGUCAAGAAGUUGGGCCGGUAGUGAAAGUCGAUUUAAGACCUAGCUUGAAUGGAGCAAUAGUUGAAUUUGAAAGAGUUAAAGAUGCUGGAAAGGCAGAUUUGGUGCUUUCUGGGAGAAAAAUUCAAGAUAAAGCGAUUAAAAUUGGGUCAAGAAAUGAAUUGAAGAAUCUGAAUGGUGGAAAUGAGAUAAAAGGGGAGUCUUCUAAAGUUAAUAAAGCUAAUCGAGUUAGUUUGAUGGUUCCUACUGCUUUGAGAAGACGAAAAAGGAUUUAAAAAAAGGAAUAUUAAUUUAUGGUAUUUCUAUAUAUAUAUGGAUGUAUAUAUAUAUAUGGAUAAUGAGAUUUAUUGGGGCGU